GAGUGAAACGCAGCUUUUGAACGUAAUGUCCACAAGAUGGCGCAGGCCAGCAGGACAGUAGCCGUUGCUUUCUAGUCUACAUCAUCUUUCUAUAAACAACCCUAAACGACGACGAGAGGUGGAGCCGCGGAGCUGACAACUGUCAAAAGACCCUUCCUGAUAAGAAGAGCUCUUCUUCCGUCCUCAAAGCAUCCUGUCGUAGCGCUUUUGAAUUAGCUAUAAAGCCGCGUAACCGAAGGGAGUAACGUAUUACGCAUCUCGUGAGUAUCACCGCUCUUUUCUUCGCUACCCAGUCAUUGUGGAGCCGUUUCGGAUGAACGGAUCGCGUUUUGACUAUAGAUUUUGACAAGCUGCAUGUCUUCCUGGAGACCCGCUAAGAAGAGAUGUCAAGACGAAGCACAAGAUCAGUGACCAAACCGACGUCCUUUCCUGACGAUGACGCUGCCAGCACCAGUUCCACUGGAUCCACUGGCCACAUCUCUUACAAAGAGAGUCCAACCAGGAUUUUUCAGAAGAGGACCAGCCGCAAGGGCACUGGCAGCGUUUCACGCAAUUCAAGUCGUGCGAGCAGCGUGAGUCUAAUACUGCCACCGCGCAUCGACUUCAACCCCACUGAGAAUGAGAAUGGCAUUCCUACUCAAGGAUUUUCCUCUGGAUAUUCCUCAGCUGAGGAUCAUUAUGAACAACCCAUAAAGUCAAACCCUAGUUCUACCCAGUCUGCUGCUGAACCAGGCUUUGGCGUGUGGGACGUGUUUCAAUCUCCAGCUCAAGCUCUGGUUCUGCUGUACUGGUGGCUGGGCACUGCAUGGUACAGCCUCACCUCUCGACUGUCUUUCAUCAACGUUUUUCUGCUCAGCCGAUGCACAGCUGAUAUGAAAAAAGCGGUCCUGCUGGUCCUCCUCCUUAUCUUUCUCAUUUUUGGGAUAUGGUACUGGUUCCCGUUUUCGUCUCGUCCUGCACCCCAUGUUGUUGUUGUUACCAGCACUCCCCCUGUUAAACACACAGAUAGACCUGUAAAAGCAGUUUUUGAUGAUCAUCUCCAGCAUGCCAGUCUGUCUAACUUGAGGGACGAGAUCGCCAACUUGCACAAACGAGAGGCAAACCUCAUGAGAGACAUUGAACUGCUGAAGGAAGAGAGUGUGAGACAAAAAGCCAAAUCUGAGAUGAUGCAAACCGAUGUGAGGACUAUGAAUGAUCACAUGAGGAACGCUGAAUCUGAACGUGGUCAGCAGAUCUCUGAGCUGAAGUCCAGCAUCUCAAACCUUCAUUCAACCCAAGACCUCCUUACGAGAAGAGUCGAUGCACUUGAAGCUCAUAACAACAAUCUGAGAGCAGAGCUGUCUGAUUGGCUAAUAAAACACCUGAAAGAUCCAAGCUCACUGGAUUCAAGUAUAGUGCUGCGCCCGGAGCUGCAGAGGGCGCUACAGGAUCUGGAGAAGCAGAUACUAGAGAAACUAGCACAUGAGAAAGGGAGCAGCAGAGAUGUCUGGAGGACUGUUGGAGAGACACUGCAGCAGGAAGGAGCCGGAGCCGCUACUAUACAAGAUGUGAAAGAAAUCGUCCACAGGGCUAUUAGUCUGUACAGAGCGGAUGGGAUUGGAUUGGCAGACUAUGCUUUGGAAUCUUCAGGUGCCAGUGUGUUAAACACUCGUUGUUCAGAGACGUAUAAGACCAGGUCUGCAUGUCUCAGUUUAUUCGGUAUUCCUCUGUGGUAUCACUCAGAAAGCCCUCGUACAGUUAUACAGCCGGAGCUGUAUCCCGGGAAGUGUUGGGCUUUCCGAGGCUCUCAGGGUUUUCUGGUGAUCUCCUUGUCUUAUCCCGUUGCGAUCACGCAUGUCACACUUGAACACAUUCCCAAAGAUCUGUCACCCACUGGACGCCUGGACAGCGCGCCCAAGGACUUUUCUGUCUACGGCGUGUCUAAUGAGACUGAAGAUGGAAAGCUGCUUGGGACAUUUAUUUAUGACCAGGAUGGAGAACCCAUUCAGACUUUUAAACUUCCGGAGGUGUCAGACGUCUACAGUAUGGUGGAGCUGAGAGUUCUGAGUAACUGGGGUCACCUGGAGUACACCUGCGUUUACCGCUUCAGAGUCCACGGAGAACCAGCACUCGCCUGACACCAUUCAGAAAAGAAAAAUCAACCCCAAAUGCACUGGACUCCAACUGCUUCCUAAUGUACGACUACCAAAAAAACGCACAUGAAUGUUUGACUGAUAUCAGAUUGUUUUGCCCUGUCCAAAUAUAUAUUUAAACUCCUCAAAUAUUGACUUUCAGGCAAGUACUGAUAAGAAUUGCUUUUAUAUACUUUUAUAUAUUAAUGAAAUGUGUGGAUUUUGAGUUUGAGUUGGAUGAAGCGUUGUGAUUUAUUUAAUUGUACGUGUACAGGACAGGCUGAUGUUGUGUAGUUGUUAAAGCCAAAUGAAGGACAAAACGUGUUGUGCUUUGCUAGAAUGGACAUGCAGCAGCAGCCUUUGUGUUGUUUAGCUCUGCUUCUACGUUAGUCGUACGCUCAGUAUUCUGUUUUGUAAUAAUAGAUGGUUCUGGAAUGCGUUUCAGAAGCUCAUAGUAGUUUGCUGUGUCCUCCGAGCAGCAGAUUUGUUUGCACUCAUUUUGUUAUUUUCUGCUUGAGGAGAACGGAUGGAGAGUGUCUCCUCUGCGGGACGGGGGAGUCUGGGGGCAAACUCAGGUGUUUGGGUUUUAAACCAAAGUGCUCUUGUGUGUAUAUUUGUGCUUGAUGAUGCAGCUCUCCGGCGCACAUGGAAAACUCCUCCGAGGUAUAAAUAUAUGCAUUGAUUUCUUGCUUUUUUUUUGGCGAAGCUGCAAAGGGACAGUUCACCCAGAAGUUACAAUGUUCUAUUUUUAUAAUAUAACACCCAGUGUUUCCUGCCCUUACCAUGGAUGUCAAUGGGGGACUCAGUCUUAUAAAAGAUAAAAAAACCUGAACUUAUUAAAAUCACUAUGAGCAACUGUUGAGUAUGUGUUGAUUUCAGGGUGAACUGUCCCUUUAAUAGAGAGAGAGCUCUUAUGUUAAUUUAGCAAAGUUUACAUGAAGUCUUGGUCAAAUUAUUUUGUAAAGGAAAGUUUUUAAUAAACUUAAGAUGGUACAGAA